AUGUGGGCGCUAGGCGAAGCACGGAUCGCUUUUGUCUCAGCGGGUGCCUUCCUUUUGAGCUUGAGAAGCUCUUUCCUCACAACCACCCUCCACUCAACACCAUACAACCGACACUUCACGAUGCUGAAGAGUGGGAUCCAGCAGGCGCUCCGCGCCUCCAUGCGCAGGCCGGCCAUCCGCCCCAUGGCCCUCAAGAAGAACUUCGCACCCGCCCUCUCCACUCGCUUUGCUUCCACAGACUCGCAGAAAGUAGGAAAGAUACACGCUGUUAUAGGCGCAAUCUGUGAUGUCAAGUUCGAGGGUGACCAGCUCCCCGCUAUUCUCAACGCUAUUACGACCCAGAACGGUGACCAGAAGCUUGUCCUCGAAGUCGCUCAACACUUGGGUGAGAACAUUGUCCGAUGCAUUGCCAUGGACGGUACCGAGGGUCUUGUCCGUGGUGCUAAGGCGGUUGACACCGGAGCUCCCAUCUCUAUCCCUGUCGGCAACGGCACUCUUGGUCGUAUCAUGAACGUCACUGGUGACCCCAUUGACGAGCGUGGCCCCAUCAAGACUGACAAGUACGCCUCCAUCCACGCCGACCCUCCGGAGUUCACCGAGCAGUCCACCUCUGCUGAGGUCCUUGUUACCGGUAUCAAGGUCGUCGACCUGCUCGCCCCCUACGCUCGUGGUGGAAAGAUUGGUCUUUUCGGAGGUGCUGGUGUCGGAAAGACUGUGUUCAUUCAGGAGCUGAUUAACAACAUCGCCAAGGCCCACGGUGGUUUCUCCGUCUUCACUGGUGUCGGUGAGCGUACCCGUGAGGGUAACGAUCUGUAUCACGAAAUGCAGGAGACCUCUGUCAUUCAGCUUGACGGUGAAUCCAAGGUCGCGCUUGUCUUCGGUCAGAUGAACGAGCCCCCGGGUGCCCGUGCCCGUGUCGCUUUGACUGGGUUAACGGUAGCUGAAGAGUUCAGGACCCAGGGACAGGACGUGCUGCUGUUCAUUGAUAAUAUUUUCCGGUUUACACAAGCUGGUUCUGAGGUGUCUGCUCUGCUUGGUCGUAUUCCCUCUGCCGUCGGUUACCAGCCCACCCUCGCCAUUGACAUGGGUAUCAUGCAGGAGCGUAUUACCACCACUUCCACGGGAUCCAUUACCUCUGUCCAGGCCGUCUACGUCCCUGCUGACGAUUUGACUGACCCUGCUCCCGCCACCACCUUCGCUCACUUGGACGCCACCACUGUCUUGUCCCGUGGUAUCUCCGAGUUGGGUAUCUACCCCGCCGUCGACCCUCUUGACUCCAAGUCCCGUAUGUUGGACCCCCGUGUCAUUGGUGAGGAGCACUACCAGAUCGCCACCCGCGUCCAGCAGAUUCUCCAGGAGUACAAGUCGCUCCAGGAUAUCAUUGCCAUUCUCGGUAUGGACGAGUUGUCUGAAGCCGACAAGCUUACCGUCGAGCGUGCCCGUAAGAUCCAGCGUUUCCUGAGCCAGCCUUUCGCUGUCGCCCAGGUCUUCACUGGUAUCGAGGGCGCACUUGUCGAUCUCAAGGAGACCAUCAACUCCUUCAAGGCUAUCCUGAAUGGCGACGGUGACGACCUUCCUGAGGGUGCCUUCUACAUGGUUGGUGACUUCGCGUCUGCCCGUGCCAAGGGAGAGAAGAUUCUUGCCGAUCUCGAGAAGUCAUAA